CUCAGAAAAGCGACGAGUGGAUAAAGGCAGUGUGCAAAGUUUUGGAACGGGAGGAGUGCGAGGACUUUUACGUGAAGCACGGCAUACUACAUAAGGAUCCCGUUAAGGAGCUGAUCGUCGCUCCGUCGCUCAUGGAAGGUGAAAUCCUCAAAAUCGCGCAUAACCAGGGACACUUUUCCGCCAAGAAAACACAAGAAGCCGUUGAGAAGAACUUUUACAUACCCCAACUAAGCGCAAAGGCAGCGAGGAUAGUGAAGAGAUGUAUCAGUUGCAUCGUGACCGAGGCUUAGCGUGGUAAGCAAGAGGGCUUCCUAAACCCAAUUAACAAAGAAGAUCGGCCGCUGGGGACGUACCACAUCGACCACGUAGGUCCGAUGGAAGCGACCAAAAAAGCAUACAAUUACAUCUUAGUCGUCGUGGAUGCAUUUUCCAAGUUUGUGUGGCUAUAUCCCACCAAAAGCACUGGAGCAGAAGCUGUCUUG